UGUCGGAGGGCUUGUUUGGACAGGCAGGCGCGCUAAUAGAUGCCAGAGCGGGCUGAUCAUGGCUCUGUCGAGAGCUCUCAGAUGUUGUCAGAGGAUUUUCUCCUGGAUUCCUGUUAUCAUCAUCUCAUCUGUGGUUCUCUGGUCUUAUUACGCUUAUGUCUUUGAACUGUGCUUCGUCACUCUCAGUAAUCAUCUGGAGAGAGUGGUGUAUUUGUUGAUAUUCCAUGUGUGCUUUAUAAUGUUCUGCUGGACCUAUUGGAAGGCCAUCUUUACUCCACCAUCUACACCGACUAAAAAGUUCCAUUUAUCAUACACUGAUAAAGAGAGGUAUGAGAUGGAAGAACGGCCAGAUGUUCAGAAGCAGAUUCUCAUCGAUAUCGCCAAGAAACUUCCCAUUUUCACACGCGCCCAGUCAGGAGCUAUCAGGUUCUGCGAUCGUUGUCAGGUGAUAAAGCCGGACCGCUGUCACCACUGCUCCGUCUGUGAAACAUGCGUUUUGAAAAUGGAUCACCAUUGUCCAUGGGUAAACAACUGUGUCGGAUUCUCCAACUAUAAGUUCUUUCUGCUGUUCCUGUCUUACUCCAUGAUCUACUGCGUGUUCAUUGCAUCGACAGUGUUUCAGUACUUCCUCAAGUACUGGGUGGGAGAUCUUCCCAAUGGCCCUGCGAAAUUCCACGUGCUCUUCUUGUUGUUUGUGGCGCUCAUGUUUUUUGUCAGUCUCCUGUUCCUGUUUGGCUACCACUGUUGGUUGGUGGCUAAAAACAGAUCGACUUUAGAGGCGUUUUCUGCACCGGUGUUUCAGAACGGGCCUGACAGGAAUGGCUUUAAUGUUGGGCUCAGCAGAAACCUCCAGCAGGUGUUUGGGGAGGAUAAAAAGCUCUGGUUCAUUCCGGUGUUCACAAGUCAGGGUGAUGGGCACUAUUUCCCACUGAGGACGCUGCGUGAAUCUGAGAAUCCUUUACUGGCCAAUGAGGGGAAAUGGAUGGAGGACGGCGGAUCAGAUGAAGAAAGUUCAGAUGAAAAUGGACCUUCAGUCAUUAUCAGGACGGAAUCAUAAUCACUGGAGCGGACGAAUGCUUGGUGAGUAUGGAUUUUAGUGGUGAAGCCGUGAAUCGCUAUACCUUGGUUUCACAGACAAGGCUUAAGCCUAAUCCCAGACUAAAAUGUAAGUCUGAGCUGUUUCAACUGAGUCUUAAAAUAUAUCAGUGCCUUUGUUUUCUCUCAAGAUGCAAUCAAUAAUGUUUUUCCCUUAGCACGUUUAUAAAAAUGUCCUAAUUGAGCUAU